CACUUGAAAAGAUAGCUCACUUGCCUGAUGCACCAGUGUAACAAAAGACAUCAAGAAUGAAGAUACUUUUACAGCUUUGGCUUUUGACAGUUUUCUGUCCGAUUGCCCUCGGUGAAGGGAAUAAGGGCAGAUAUUCGGAAGAAAGCCCAGCCACCCACAAGGGGACCCACCGCCAAACCCGUGCCGACCCUUGCGCUAGUUCCCCCUGUCUUCACGGCGGUUUCUGUACCACAAAACUCGAAGGGACCUUCCAGUGCACGUGCCAAAAGUUGUGGACCGGUGCCCGCUGUGAGCGAUGCCUGUGUCAGAACGGAGGUCGAUGUGACUACAGUCCCAGUGAAGGUAACGUGUGUCGCUGCCAAGCUGGUUUCAUCGGGACGAAGUGUGAUACUGAGGAAAACGAGUGCGACAGCUACCCAUGCUGGAAUGGCAUAUGUAUUGACUUGGUUAACGAUUAUAAAUGUGUCUGUGACCCUGGCUACACUGGUAAAGACUGUGAUGUCCCGCCUGGCAGUUUGAUUGGUUAACAUACUUUUUUGUAUGGCAUCAGUUUGAGAAUUUGUCAACUAUGUAGCCAUGCAGGCAGUAACGUAAGACAGAUUACAUUAAGUUUAUUGUAACCUUUUAUUAUCAUCGAUACCGAAAAUGAGGGUUUUCCUGUAUCUAAAAUCAGUAAUGCAUCUGUCUUUGUUGUGAUUUACAACAAUAAAAAAUUUUCC